UCCUCUCAAGGAGGAAGGGUCUAGGAGGCUUGGUCCAGUCAACCUCGGUUGCGAAACUUUUCGUCCUCCCUAACACGCAGUCGCGUUCAAUCACUUUCUACUUCUUUCUUUAUCUUUAUCUAAAGACCUAUCCCGUGCUACGUCGCAGCGCGCAUGGUUAUGGCACCGACUGCUUGUUUGCCAGCUGAAAUAUGCACCACUAUCAAACAUUUUCCCGACAAAAUCGACUUUAAUCCCAAGUGGGAUCAUGGUCAAUUCAGCUAUCAUGGAGAGGACGAUCAGCCGCAGUCUAGGUUGGCUGCCAAGGAGCUGAUCCUGGACGUCCUGAAGAAGCGUGCGUCCGAGGUGGACGUGGACUCGUGCGCCCCCGGCGCCGAGGAUGCCUUUUAUGUUGCAGACAUGGGCGAGAUCUAUCGCCAGCAUCUGCGUUGGAAACUGAACCUAAGCCGUGUCCGGCCCUUUUACGCCGUCAAGUGCAACCCGGACCCCGAAAUCCUUCGCCUCAUGGCCCAGCUCGGCAACGGGUUCGACUGUGCCUCCAAGGCGGAAAUUGACCUGGCCCUCGCCACGGGUAUCGAUCCCAGCCGCAUCAUCUAUGCGCAGCCCUGCAAGACCAAGUCCUACCUGCGCUAUGCGGCCCAGAUGGGCGUGAAACAGAUGACCUUCGAUAAUGCCGAUGAGUUGUACAAGAUCAAAGCCUGCUACCCCGACGCUGAGCUGUACCUACGCAUCCUCACGGAUGAUUCCUCAAGCAUGUGCCAGUUCAGCAUGAAGUUCGGAGCCUCGAUGGAUGUCGCCCGGCACCUGCUCGAAGUUGCCUACCAGCUCGAGCUUAAGGUGGUCGGUGUCAGCUUCCACGUUGGCUCCGGCGCCGAGGACCCCAAGGCUUUCCUGAAAGCUGUCCAGGAUGCGCGUCUGGUCUUUGAUCAAGCCGCAGAGGUGGGCCACGAGCUUCACACUCUCGACGUCGGUGGCGGUUUCAGUCAGGAGACCUUUGAGAAGUUCGCCGGUGUCCUCAGUGACGCCCUAGAUGUUUACUUCCCGCCGAACAUCCGCAUCAUCGCCGAGCCCGGCCGCUACUACGUUGCCAGCGCUUUCACCCUGGCUGCCAACGUAAUUGCUCGUCGUGAUGUGCGGGAUCCUGAGAACCCGACCCAUGAUGCCUACAUGCUCUAUCUCAAUGACGGGGUGUAUGGAAACUUCUCCAACAUCAUCUUCGACCACCAGCACCCUGUGGCCCAGGUUCUUACCUGUGACCCGAGCGUGAAUCCUCCGAAUGCUGCGACUUCGGAGGGUAUCGCCUACUCUAUCUGGGGACCGACUUGCGAUGGCAUUGAUGUCAUCAGCAAGCGCAUCAAUCUCCCGGCGCUCCUGAAUGUAGGCGAUUGGCUGUAUUUCGAGGACAUGGGAGCCUACACUAGGUGUAGCGCGACUCGCUUCAAUGGCUUCUCCGACAACCACGAGGUGAUCUACAUCUCUAGCGAAGCUGGAGCCUCUGCUCUUCUCGAGUACUAGAUGUUGUUUGAUCUUAGUUUGUGUUUAUUGUUUGCUUGGAUCUCUGCGCACCACUUGUCUUUAUCUGAUGUGGCGGCCCGCUUAUCCUUGUUCGUUCAUGAUUUAACUGC